UGCCACCCCAGUGGGUGUCUGACGGACCUCUUCAUCCAGAUGGCCGUCGUCAUGGUGCUCAAGCAGACGCUCAACAACGUCUUUGAAUUCAUUGUGCCCUGGUGUAAGCAGUUCUUCCUGAGGAGGAAGGCAAAGAGGAUGGAGAGGAAGUGCGGGCACUGCUACAGGAAGACGUGUCGCGACGAGAGCGGCUGCGUGGAGCCGUGUGACGUCUGCAAGCUACGGAACUGGCUGCUCAACUACCACCUGGCCGACACAAACGCCUUCAGCCUCUUCAACGAGUUCCUGGAGAUGGUGGUCCAGUUUAGCUUCACCACCAUCUUUGUGGCGGCCUUCCCCCUCGCUCCCCUCCUCGCUCUCCUCAACAACAUCUUUGAGAUCCGUCUGGACGCCAUCAAGAUGAUCAGCCUCGAGCGCCGGCUGGUCCCCAAGAAAACCAACGACAUCGGUAUCUGGACCAACGUGCUGGAGGCCAUUGGGGUGCUGGCGGUGAUCGCCAACGGCCUGGUCAUCGGGAUCUCCUCCGACUUCAUCCCCCGCCUGCUGUACCGCUACUACUACGGGCCCUGUGCUGUCAGCGGGGUCUACACAAACUGCAUGAAGGGCUACAUCAGGAACACGCUGUCCACGGCCAACCUCAACGAGACGUUGGUCCGGAAGGACUUCAUCACCGCCCAGCUGAUGACCGACGGCCUCAACGUCACGCAGUGCAGCUAUAGGGACUACAGGCACCAUGAAGACUACACUCUGACCUCCCAGUUCUGGCUCAUACUGGCUGUGCGCUUUGCCUUCAUCAUCCUCUUCGAGCACGUGCUGGUGGUGUGUAAGUUCAUCGCUGCCUGGUUCGUACCCAACAACCCGCUGCAGGUGAAGAACCAGCGACUGUUGGACAAGCAGAAGAGGCUGAAGGAGGAGCUCCGCCAGAGGAGAAGCAGAACCACAGCAGGUGUAAAUACCCCCCGUUCACAGACGUCCUCACAGUGGGGUCCCGUUGCUGAGCCAGAGGAACUGAUUUGGUGAAGCUGGUUGUCAGGUAUUCGUUUCUUUCCGCUCCUAACCAGACGUCUUGGAUGUGGAUGUUGAUGCUCUGAGCCUGCAGCCUAGGGACCAAUUAUUUUAAAGACUUAAAGCCAAAGCUUCACGACGUCUUCACACGCUCCUCAGACUUGUCGCCUGGUGGCCAAUGAUUCACACACUCCGUCAGGCUCCAUCUACGGCCAACCUCUGAACGUGGAUCCUAACCGCUCUACCCAAUGGCACUCGGUGACGAGCUGUCUGGAAGGUAGAGCAAACGCUGUUCUGAACAUCUCUGGUUCUGUGUUGCUGGAGACCUCUGGACGGGAUCUUUAACACACUCUUCUACGGGACCAGAGAGCGACAGCAUACACAUUUAUCCCCUUGUUUAUUUUUAAAAAGUGUAAAUUAGGUGAGCCACGUUUAUCUUUACUAAGUACUGAAAUCCAAACCAAUAGACUGGGCAUUCUCUCCUCGUAUCUCUUCUGUUUUCUUACUUUCAUAGUAUUUAUACGAUGUGAACCGGCUGUGUUGUCCUUGAUGGACGGCUGUGUCUAAAUGCCAUACUGUCAGAUUUGGCAGUGUUUUUUCUCGCAGAGUGUUGAUUCGCCGAGUGUUUUUAAAAUAUGUCAUUGUUGUGUUGUACGAGAGCGAAUAUAAUUCGGACAUUUGUAGUCAUUUGAUUUCAGCGUUUUUUGUU